UACCAUACCCGGUUCAGUGGAUCAGCUCAGGCAGCUGCCAGCAAGAAAGAAAACAAAUAUGCGGAUUUUCUCAGAGAUAGAUCGAGUUGUUUUGUGUCAUAUCAUCUUUUAAAUGUUGGUUGAAGUUUACUGUUUAAAUGGCUCGGUGUCCAUUUGUACCUCUUCCUGCUUUCUGGCACAUCAGUUUUCGAUUGACCCAUCUACGGAGGCAGACGGCUUGCAGUGCCCUUGUAAUCACAGCUCUCCUCAUCAUCUGUAUCUAUGUCUAUGAGACUGGCUCCUAUGGCCCAUCCACUAGUGGAGACAGGGACUAUGAUAACUAUGUGCAGAGGUACCAGCACGUAGAGGCCACCAAUAUAGAAGAUCCGAAUCUCUACUAUGGGGUCGUGGUUGAUGCCGGCUCCAGUGGGACUAGGGUUUUUGUCUACUUCUGGCCCAGCCACACUGGAAAGAAUAAUGAACUGCUCCAAAUCCACCAGAUGAGAGAUGCCAAUAGACAGCCAGUGGUCAAGAAAAUUAAACCAGGUUUGGCAGGACUUGCCAACACCCCAUCAGAAGCAAGUACGUAUAUGAAACCAUUACUGGACUUUGCAGUUAAUCACAUUCCAGAAUCUAAGAUACCAGAGACACCUCUCUACAUCCUUGCCACUGCUGGUAUGCGUAUGUUACCUGAAAGUCAAUCUCAGGCAAUUUUAGAUGACCUUAAGAGAGACAUUCCUUUGGAAUAUGGUUUCCUAUUCCCUGAGAAGAAUGUAGAAGUGAUUAGUGGGAAGCAAGAGGGUGUCUAUGCUUGGAUUGGUAUCAACUAUGUAUUGGGACGAUUUGAUCACAGCAAUAAUGAUGAGCCUGUAGUGAAGGUGGAGCUACCAGGAGCCGAGGCAUCUCCUCAGACUGUCUCCAGGAAGAGGACUGUAGGAGUACUUGAUAUGGGUGGUGGAUCAGCUCAGAUUGCCUACGAAGUACCCCAGUCUGUAAGCUUCAAUCUCAAUAACCCACAGGAGGCAGCAGCCAAGGAAUUGAUGGCAGAAUUCAAUCUUGGAUGUGACCAGCAUGAAUCAGAUCAUGUCUAUAGGGUCUAUGUAACAACCUUCUUGGGCUACGGAGGCAAUGCUGCUAGGUCAAGAUAUGAAACUAUACUCGUCAAUUCAACUCUAAGCGAUAAAGAUGAUAGUAAAUCCAUGACAGGUCUCAGUCCGACCUCUCCCUUCCUCGAUCCCUGUCUACCAACCUCAAUGACAGAUCAGAUCAUCAAAGGAGGCAAGACCUAUCACUUUAAAGGAACGGGAGAUUACCUUGCCUGUAAAGAAGCCAUGAUCCCAGUCCUAGGAUCCAACAAGCCAUGUCAGAAGGAACCAUGCUCCCUUGGAGGGGUGUAUCAAGCAGAAAUUAACUUCGACAACUCAGAGUUCUACGGGUUUUCAGAAUACUGGUACUGUAUGGAGGAUGUGCUGAGGAUGGGAGGGGUCUAUGAGUACGACCAGUUUGAAAUUGCAGCAAAAAAAUUUUGUGCCACAAAAUGGACAUUAUUACAAGAGCAUCAUCAAAAAGGUCUUUAUAGUAAAGCAGAUGAGCAUAGAUUAAAAUACCAAUGUUUUAAAUCAGCAUGGAUAACAACAGUACUUCAUAAAGGAUUUAAAUUCCCCAAAGAUUACCAUUAUUUACGCUCUGCCAGCCUUAUACAUGACAAAGAGGUCCAGUGGACUUUAGGUGCAAUAUUAUAUAGAACAAGAUUUUUACCUCUUAGAGAGAUUCAGCAAGGUGCUUUCCAGAAGUCUUACAAACCACCUUGGAUCCGGGUAGCAGCUCCCUGGCUCUCAAACCAGUACGUCCUAGUUGUCUGCUUCCUGGUCGUCAUCGCCUUCAUCUUCAUGUACUCCCGCUGGCUGGGCAGGAUGAGGUCGACGUCAAGGAGCGGUCUGACCAGGGUUCCUACCAUGGCGUACUUCAUGACGGAAGAAGGACAGGUCCAGGAUGGGGUCUAUGAGAUGAAGGGCAUUGAGCUGCGCUGAAAGAGGAUCUGUCCAGGAAUACCUGGUGAGCUGAAGAAGGUCCAAGACUUCAGGGUCUAGAGAUGAAGGAUAUUAAUCUGCAUUGAAAAGGAUAUGUCCAGGAAUUCCUGGUGAGCUGAAGAAGGUCUAGGAUGGGUCUUUGAGAUGAAGGGCAUUGUUAGGCCUUGAAGAGAAUCCGUCCUGGAAUGGCUGGUAAGGUGAAGAAGGUCCAGACACCAUGAUAUAGAGAUGAAGGAUAUUAAUCUGCAUUGAAAAGGAUAUGUCCAGGGAAUUCCUGGUGAGCUGAAGAAGGUCCAGGAUGGGGUCUUUGAGAUGAAGGGCAUUGUUAUGCCUUGAAGAGAAUCUGUCCUGGAAUGCCUGGUGAGGUGAAGAAGUUCCAAGACACCAUGGGAUAUAGAGAGAUGAAGGAUAUUAAUCUGUCUGGGAAUACCUGGUGAGAUGAAGAUUGCUGGCCGAGGAGAGUCUUGGUGAGGAUGAUGUGUUUGAAGGAGAGUGUUUGAGAGAGUCCUUGCAGCUGAGCUAGAGGAUUGUAUGAUUACAGUAUUCAUGAGAGCAAUUAAUUGGGCAUUGACAUGUGCCAAAAUGCAUUGCAAGAAUGUACCAUAGUUGUUGCAUUGGAUCUUCAUUGAUCCUUCCGUAACUAGAGUAUUCAAC